AUGAAGAUCUUCAGUCUUGUUACAUUGGCAGCUAUUUUGAACUGUUUGACGCCUGUACUUGCUACUUCAAACUAUCAAUGUCACAAUAAGGUUCUUGGUGCGCAAUACAUAGAUCGUGCAGUUGCAAAAGAAUAUAAUCGUCUGGGACAAAAUCUUGGUAUAGAAUACGGGCCCAGAGAACAAUAUGGCGUAGGAUCUUUAACAAUUACUGCAAAUUACCAAUCAGACUCAAUUUCGGUCAGAGUCACUAUAGGAUUUACGAAGACAAAAGAAGUUCUUUGGGUAAAGGCUGUGGCUAACGAUGUGGAGUUUAACUGCGAGCCAACAAAUUUGCCGGCUGUAAAGCUUCAUUCUGUCGAGUUCGGUGAUGUAGCAUCUGCAGCUUAA